AUGGCGGCCGCAGCAUCGCACCGCCAUAGCGAUGCGACCAUCACUCGGGUCACGAAGGAAGGGAGGAUGCUCACCUAUUGUUUGACCGUCAUCCAGCAGCCGGAGCGUGCUAGGGCAUGCGGUUCAGGCGCCAAGUGUAAGAGACCAGAAUUCAUCCCAUCAUCUGAGAGAUCCCCCCAAGUUGCUAACUCCUCGAAAGCGUCUGCCGAUCGACGACCAGUUGAUCCCCCGCCCGUGGUCGAAUUGCGUAUCUUCGAAGGGGAAGGCGCCAAAGAGGAGGACAUCACCUUCUCUUACAAUGCCAAUUUCUUUCUGUUCGCGACCUUGGAGACCGCCCGUCCCAUGGCUCAUGGUCGCGUUCAACCAUCUCCACCACAGAUUCCCGUCCUCACCGGAAUGCCCGUCUCAGGAAUGGCCUAUCUUGACCGCCCAACCGAAGCUGGAUACUUCAUCUUCCCGGAUCUCUCCGUCCGCCAUGAGGGCAAGUACUAUCUGAGCUUCAACCUGUACGAGGAGACCAAGGACGGCAAGGAUGCCGACGCCGAGCCAUCGACCGACCCAAGCAAGCCAAAGUUGGCUGGAGUCCCGGGCUCGCCCAACUCAUCGUUUGACUGGCGGCUCGAGGUCAAGUCGGCCCCGUUCACCGUGUUCAGCGCAAAGAAAUUCCCCGGACUGGCUGAAAGCACACCGCUCAGCAGAACCGUGGCCGAGCAAGGUUGCCGAGUGCGCAUCCGCCGCGAUGUCCGCAUGAGGAGACGAGACAAGGCCACGUCCGAGUACGACGAGAAUAUGAACGAGGAGGGUUAUGCUCGGAUCGGCCGCCCUGCGGAGCCAGCUCAUGAGCCGUAUGGGGAACGCUCGAUCAUCACUGGUGCUAAUGAUGAGAGGUAUCUCCAACGCCGCGUGUCCGGGGAGUAUCAACAGCAACCAUACCACCCGCACAGCAACACGCCUUCACCAACAACACCAAACGCGCCUCUAAACAAGAGUUUCUUGGGCUUUGGUGAAAAUCAGGGAUCACAAUACCAGGCUCCCCAACCCCAAUUCGCGCAACCACCUCCACCUCCUGCUGCGCCGGCGCCACAGUCAUAUCAACCAGCUCCUCCUGGCUAUCCACCAGCUCCUCCCUCCCAGUACCGGUCUGGACCACCUCCACCACCGUCUACUAAUUAUUCCUAUGAUGGACAAUACUCCCAGCCGGCGUAUCCCUCCAAUCCCCCACGUGACCAGCGACCGACCUUCGAGCCUGAAACGUAUAGGAGGGCAUCGGGGGCUACUUAUGCUCUUCCCAAUGCUCUCCAGGCCAGCGCAUAUCCACCAGCUGAGCCGAGUUAUAAUCGACCCACGUCUCAUGGAUAUUCUCGUCCUCAAAGCCCGCCCUUGCCGAGCCCACGGGUCAGCCUGCCUCCCAUCAGGAUGCAGAUCGGACCAAAACUCGACACGCUGAACUCUCCUACCGGUCCCCUGUCAUCCGUUCGGACUAUUGCUCCUCCUCUGCCAAGCCUUGGAUUUGAUCGGCCUGAAGAGCGUCCAUUGCCCUACAAUCAAUAUACUGGGCCAGCUCCAUCUGCUGAGCUCACUCGCCAUACAAAGCGUCCGUUUGAUGCCGUGUUUGCAUCCAACUCACAACAACCGCUCUAUAAUGGGAUGCGCCCAAGUAGCGCGCAUCAUAACUCCGGCGCGUUUAAAGACGAGGAUGAACUGGCAAUCGAGGAGAUGAAGAUGUCAUACAAGCGAGCCGAUGGCUCUGCUCGGACGCGGGACCUUCCUGCGACGUAG